AUGGGUCACCAGCAGCUCUACUGGAGCCACUGGAGGAAAUUUGGCCAGGGUUCUCAGUCUUGCUGAAUCUGCUUAAACCACCACAGUCUGAUCCGGAAACCCGGCCUUAAUAUGUGCCGCUGGUGUUUCCAUCAGUGCUUGAAAGACCCAGGCUUCAUUAAGUUGGAUUUAGUGAACUUCCUUGAAUGGGUCAUCCAAGAGACCUACCUUAACUGCACAGAUCCAAGAUGCCUACCUUACUGCUAA